AAACUUUGUCCCACAAUAUGUGAUCAUCAUAAUGGAUAGAUAGAAGUCAUAAUUGAUCACACCAAACUCAGAUCCAGUCCAUAACGUUAUAGAGAAGAAGAAUAAAAACGAUAUCAACUAAAUUGAUAACUUUUCAAACUCCUCAAUCAUCACAAACGUUGUCCCGGCCACUAGUCCAACUGAACACAACAGGGGAAGAAAUGAAAAGCGCACAUUCUUACAAGAAUGAAAUUGAUGUUGAUGAUGAUCAAAUUGAUCAGUCACCAAAACCAAUAAGUUGGUGGUGGAGAAAAGCACCGGAAUUCGAUCCAGAAAAUGGGCAUCUCAAAGCUGACCAUGAUCUCUUCACUGACCUAACAAAGCUCACACCAAGACUCAGGUUACUUAGAGAAAUGGAACGGCUGGCUCUUGUUGCCCCGGAAGGACUCGACGACCUUCGGCAUAAGCUCAUGGCUUACCGGUCCGGCGAGUUCUGGUUGCCGGUCGGCGGGAUGAAGAAGGAAGACAUGGAUAUACCACCGGUGAUCACUGUCCUUUUGGUUGGCCUAAGGGGUGCUGGCAAAAGCGCACUUGUGAAUAUGAUGUAUAGUGUUCUUGGUCAUUCUGGCUUAAUCCCUUUUGCUCAAACCUCAAGUGGAUCUUCAGAGUAUACCACAGUGUUUCUGGAAGAACACAAUGUAGUGAGAUCGAUUCGGGCCGGGUUUUGUGUGUUUGACUCGAGAGGUUUAAGCCCCAAACAAAUGGAAGAAGGCCUGGAAGAUGUUUGGGGCUGGAUGAGUCCAACCCCUGGUGUCCGCCAAAACCAACCUUGCUGGAGACCUAGUGAUCAUCAUCAACCUCUAAAACACCAAAAACCUACUAAUGUCAUCACCCAUGGUCACGAUACACUUACUAGUUCUAGGUACGCUAAAAGGAAAGUCAAUGUGGCAAUGGUGGUGGCAAACUUAGCCGAGAUUCACAGGGCCUUUGAAUCGGGCGAUUUGAAUUCAGUUGAUGCGAUAAAGGAACUUUUCCAAUUCCCCUGUCUUCAAAAAUCUAAUGAAAAUCCCAUAUUGAUACUAACACAUGGUGACAUGCUGGGAACUGAAGAAAGGAUCAAGAGCAGGCUUCAAAUAUGCGAAUACAUUGGCAUAAACGAGACAAGCGGUGCAUAUGACAUAGCCUGCCUUACAGAACAGGGGAUUUUGCCAGAUGAAUCCGAUCCGGUCACUGCAUUUGCCUUAACCGAAGCUGUUUACCGGUCAUUAAUGGUGGCUGAUAGAUCCCAUUCCCCUAAGAAGAGGUUUCUGGAUUGGAUCAUCCAUUUCUUGUCCCUCAUCAUGUCUUGCAUUGCUUCCUUUUUCCAUCUCCUUGCACAUUUCUUCUCCAAAUUCGAUCACAAAACCAAACUCAAACGGUGAAACCGAAAGGUAAGGUUUCAUUUCAUCCGUUGUAUGGGAUUGUUGAUGAUAUCUCUGACGUGGUAGGACUCUUUUUUUUUUUUUUUUUUUUUUGUGCAAAUCAAGGGUGUGUGUGUGUGAUUGCUAGCUGGUGUGACAAUUGGACAGUGUAAUAAUGUGUCUCUUCUAUUUUUACUGGAAUCAAACUCUCGUUUAUUGAUUUGAUCCCUUUU